CUGUUGAAUGGUGAAUGUUGCUUCAAAUGAAUAUGCCUAUCUUCUAUCACCUUGUGAAGCCAAAGGAAAACUAGACCUAAAAGAGGAGGAAGAAAGUAGAGUCUCACUUUCGUUAAAACUAAGAAAGUUGGUAGAGUUUAUUCGACAGAGUGACCAUGUUGUAGUACACACUGGAGCCGGAGUUUCCACCAAGGCAGGAAUCGCAGAUUUCCGAGGUCCUCGGGGUUUUCGAGAUGCCUUGCCAACCAUUACUCACUUUGGUAUUGCUCAGUUGUGUAAGGAAAAGCUAGUCCGGUUUGUUGUCACGCAGAAUGUGGACGGACUUCACAGAAAGUCAGGUGUACCUGAACAUCUUUUAGCAGAGAUUCAUGGCUGUCUAUUUGUCGGAUAUUGUACAAAGUGUGAAAGGAAACAAGUACUGGACAAACCAACUCAUUCUGUCGGGUUUAGGGAUAUCCAAAUACCUUGUUCUCGUUGUUCCUAUUCGUUGUGUGACUUUGUUCUUGAUUGGUAUGAUGAGCUUCCAAAGGUCGAUCUGGAAAAGGCAAUUUUUCAUUCUAGGAAAGCGGACUUGCAUAUAGUUAUUGGGUCAAGUCUUCAGAUGCUUCCUUCUAAAAAUUUCUGUUUGAUGUCAGUCAAAACUGGAGCACGACUGGUUAUUUUGAAUCUUUCCGAAACAAGUCAUGAUUCUAAGGCCACAAUGAUAUUAAGAGGAGAUUCUGAUAGAUGUAUUUCUGCCAUUUUAUUCUUGUUACAACUGCCAGUUGCAUUGUUUGUUCCAAAGCAAGCAGUACAAGUCAAUGCUACAGUGAAUGACAAAGACAAGAGUGAAAUGGAAACUUGUGAUUGGCAGCUUAAGGUGGAUUGUAAUACAUUUCCUCGCCAUCCUUGUCGCAUUCAACCGAAACAAGUCGAAACUCAUUCGCUAUAUUCUUUUAUGGACUGGACAUGGAACGAGGAAAAUGGGUUGCUAACUAUAUGGAUUUCAUCGAUAGUUGUUCCUACAGUUUCCAUAACUUUUUGUAUAUUCUUUCCUAAUCUUCCCUGUUGUUGUUUUACAGUACAACAUAGCUUUUCAAAAAAUGCUUUCAAAAAUUAUGGUUCCUCUGAAUGGUUUCAACUAUCAUCCAUUUCUUCAGUGACGGAUGUAGUAGAAGGUUUCCAUCUGGCUUAUGAGACUUUGGAUCAGAAGAUCAUCCAACAAAAUUUUGUUUACUAUGUGAAAAGAUAGUUUAUUGCACAUCUAAAAAACGUCACAUG